AGGUGAAAUAAAUGGGUGUAGGAUUGUAGACAUCGGAUAUGUUUUUAGUCAAGUUCUUGAUUGUACUCACGAAGGAAUGUAUGGAUGUAAUUUUAUGAACAUGGAAUAUAUAUCAGAAUUUAGGAGAGGUUACUAUUCACAAUUUUUGUUCAAAUGUAAAAUGUGCAAUAUUCAAAAAAAAAUAUAUUCUUCAAAAUUUAAUGAAAAUCUUCAAAAUCAAUGGUCAAUAAAUAAAGCUAUUGUAAAUAGCACUAUUGCAAUUGGAAUUGGCUAUACCCAACUAGCCGAAUUUUCUGCUGGUUUAGAAAUACCAUACAUGUCUGCAAAAAUGUACCAUUCAUUUCAGUCAGUUCUCCAAGAUGAUAUUAAAGGCACAGCUUGGUCAGAAAUGAAAGCGGCAGGAGAUGAAGAAAGAAAAUAUGCUAUAGAAUCGGGUUCUGUUGAUAAUAAUGGUAUACCACUCAUUACAGUUGUUGCGGACGCUCAGUGGUCCAAGCGGAGCUAUAAAACAAAAUACGACGCUUUUUCCGGAGUGGCAAGUAUUAUUGGAUACAAAACAAAAAAAAUACUUUUUGUCGGAAUCAGAAACCGAUAUUGCGUAAUUUGUGAACGUGCUUCUAAUAAAAAUAUUGAAAAACCUAUACACACAUGCUUCCUGAAUUGGAAACACGGUGCUACAAGUAUUGAAGCGGACGGAGUAGCCGAAGGUUUUACCAAGAGUUUCGAAAUGCAUGGCGUUAAAUAUUCAAAAUUAAUUGGUGACGGUGACAGUAGUGUCACAAAAAGGCUAAAUGAAAUACUACCGUAUGGUCCGAGCCUAAGAGUCGAAAAAAUUGAAUGCAGAAAUCAUAUGCUUAGGAACUAUUCCCAAAAAAUGUCUGCACUCACUAAACGGACAGAAUUUCCUAUUGCAAUAAGAAAAAAAAUUGCUGAUAACCUUGUUAGGCUUAGAACUGAUAUAACCAAAGCUAUACAGUAUAGAAAAUCAUUAAGGAAAAACCAUUACAACAGAAAAUUUUAAAUCUUAAAUACGACAUAACCAACGCACCAAACCAUCGACUUUUUGAUUGCCAUAAAAAAUGUGCUCCUUAUUUUUGCGAAAAAUCUGCAGAUAACUUAGUUGAUAACUGCAAGUCAAAUGAAAAUGAUGGUAUAGUCAAAGAAAUUAAUAUAAUUGUUUCUCGUUUGGCUAAUAAUGCAAAGAGCCUUAUAUUGGACGUAGACAACAACAUUUGCGAACAAUGUAAUAGUGUUAUUAAUAAAUUUCUUGGUGGCAAAAGAAUAAAUUAUAAUCAAAGGAGUUCUUAUAAUACAAGGAUAUUAGCAGCCGUGGUUAGUUUUAAUUCUAGCGAGUAUUUAAGAGCUGUAAAAAAACAUAU